AUGAGUAACACUGUCCCGACUACCAACCUCACAGCGCGACAGCCUAUAGCGAGUUUGCGCUUUAGGAGGCGUUUUUAUCGUCCACGACGUCUCUCACGAUGCGCGGCGCUGCUUUCCUUUCUAGCCACGGACGUACUCGUCCGGACUAUCGGGACAGAAGCAGUCUUCGCAGCAUCGUCCACGCUUCGCAUCACUAUCGCGCCUCGCCGUCAUUUGAGCGACGAUGCGUAUCCGCGAGAAGAAGUCCCUGUGCUCAUCCCGUCGUUUUCCGAUUAUGUUAAGAAAACAGAGGAGCGGCAGGGUGCGCCUGAGAGCCGCCUUGCAUUUCUUGAGGCAUCGGGAGGAAGUCCACCCGAUUCCGAGCGGCCGAACGGCCUCCCAAGUUUGCUUGAGGAGCUUAUGAGUGUUUACUAUCGAAACUGGCAGACCGAAGAGGAUUUACAGACGCAGGCCCUUCUUAUAGGUUCGCUGCCGCAGCUGUCCAUCGAGGACGACCCCGACCCUGACAUUCCGCCAGCGGGAGUUGAAUUGGUUGAAAUGGGACUUGCAUCUGCCGCGACGCUCCGGGUGCAGCAUAAGAAUAUACGGGGAACAGGCAGCAAGGUCUCUGGGAUCAUUAGAAGAGAUAAAGUUAUCGGCUGCGGCGCAUACAACAUCGUCGUGGCAGCCACUAUGGCUCCUUCUUCGACGUGGUCGUCACGCAUUCAGUCUUGGUUCACGUCUUUUCGCAGAACCAUCCGGUGCUUUGCUCCUCAAGCGCCUCGGCUGUCAAGGGGCCCCGAAGAGGAUCGGAUAGCAAGCAUCUCGCCCCGUGCGCUGGCAGCAUCCUCGAGCGCCACAGGUUCACGGCUCGCCACAAGGCCAGAGAGAGUCAUCUUGCGCAUUCGCAUGGGUAGACGCCAAGGUUUUUCGUUGGAACAAGAACAGGCACACGCGAACCUUUUGGUCACGGAACUGCUUAGUCCAGAAACAGAUCUGAUGCGCCUGUUUCCUUCAUCGAUCACAGCCGAGACAUUGAUUGACACAUUCCACUUUGCGGUUCCCAUGUUAGCCGGGCAAUUCAAGGGAUUUCCGAACCUCCUUGCGAGGGUCGGACAUCGUACCUUGCUCAAUUAUGUUGAAAUCAUGCCACUCCUGCCAACUGACCUCUUUCUCGUGAUCAGGCGUUUCUCGCAGAGUUUAAGGACGACCCUUGUAAAACAAGUUGUCGAGUUGGCCGCGCUCCUUCGGGCUCUCGGGCUGGUGCAUAGGGAUAUCAAGCCAGACAAUUUUCUUUUCAACAGGGACGGCGUAAUGUUCCUGGCAGAUCUGGACUCCCUGGAGAAGGAAGGGGCGAACGUCCCAUGUGGUACCUUUGGUGCUAGUGAUUAUGCGGAUCCAAGCAUAUUUCACUGCUUCCUGACUGACAAACAAAGGACAGUGAGAGUUUCCUUCGCUCACGACGCCUGGUCACUUGGAGUGUUACUCUUUGAAAUCCUCUGCAACAACUACCCCUUCCCGCAAAUGAGUUACGACAAUGCCUAUGAAUCAACUACCGGAGCGUUCCUCACGGCACUGGCUCAAAUGCCCAUACCUCAGAAUUCAAGGCCUGUCAUCGACUGGCACCGGUGCAGAGGACGGCCAGUUAACCGAGAGUUGAAAGAGCUCAUUACCGGGCUGCUUGACCUCAAUCCGAGGAAACGGCCAAAUAUUGCCGAUUUUUACAAGUAUUCCAGGCUCAUGAACGAAGGCCGCAGCGAAAUAUUGCGACACAGAGAGUGCGGGUACACGAAUAGUGUCUUUGUGUAA